AUGGUGGCCGCCGACGAGGAGGGCGUCAGGACAUAUACCGAUCUUUAUUCCCUGGACCUGCUGAGUUUCACACCAGAGCGUGCUAUUUCCAGGGUCCUUGACUGCGGCCUGGUGCUUCAGUUGACCGGGGACGACGCUGACACGUUCACGGUGCUCCGCAUCGACGGAUCACUGGUGAUGAAGAAGGCUGAUGACAUAGCCGUCAUGGACAGGAGCACUCUCUACGUCGGCCAGAUCGUCGGGUCGGCGUCUGAUAAGGGUGGCCAGAUCGGUGUCGUAACCGGUGUCACCACAAUGCUCGGUGUCGUCCAGUUGAACAGCCGCUGCCAACCAACAAAGGUUGUAAUGGGCGUGCCGACGGCCGGCGUGCGGCGCGUCCGGGCGCUUAGCCCUGGCGACUACGUUGUGUCCGGGCAGUGGCUGGGCCGGGUGGUCGAAGUAUCCCUGGACAUUGACGUAUUGUUCGACGACGGUGCGGUCUGCAGGGUCACGGAUGCAGAGUGGAAGAAGAUAGAACUGGCAGAGGACCGUAACUACCGCCCCCAGACGAACACCGCCUUCUACCCCGGGGCACCCGUCGUCAUCACCCGUGACUCGUCGGACAUCUUCAUAGACGCGCAGUGGCUAAACGGCCAAUGGAAGCCGGACCGCCAAGAAGGGAAGGUGACCAAAGUGGAGAUGGCCGGGCUCCUUGUCUGCUGGAUCGCUUCUGCUGAACAUGGCAUCGAGCAACGACUUCUCCAAGAGCUCGCCCCUCUGGCCUACCAGAACCCUGGCGAUCUGACUUAUUUCUGCUCCGAUCCCGAUUGCGCGUGGGCUUUAGCCGACCAUUGCUUUCUUAUUAAUACACAAGAAAAUAACGACCAUGAUGAGCAACAAUACACAAGUUCAGAGUCGACGGCGCCACCACCCACCAUGACUGUCGGCAACACCAACACCUUAGUCGACGUCUUGUGGCAGGACGGCACGCGACAACAUAUGGCACGGUCGACGGUCAUCAACCCCUUGAGUUUCACGAACGAACUCAAUUUUUUUCCUGGGCAGUAUGUUGUUGACAACUCACCUGCCGGUGAUGAUUUCAUCGAUGCCGCCGCGGUAGAUGGUACUGGAGAUGACCCCGUGUGUGGAUCAACAACAAGGCGCAUUGGUUUCGUCAAAAGCCAAACUUCCAAAGACCAAAUGGUGAAAGUGUCGUGGUUCAAGGCGGCGCCCAUAUGUUGGGAGGUCGAAUGCGACGAUAUCGUAAGUGCAUAUGAUCUGAGAAGGGACCCUGACCACUCAGUUUUCUAUGGAGACGUCGUCGUUCGUCUGCUAUCAAAUGUAAGUGAAAGUACACCGGUAGUGCAGCAACCACAAGCAAUGAGCGCCUCGAGCAGUCUUUCAUGGGUAGGGCGCGUUGUUGACCUUCGUGACGGCCACGUCCAAGUCGAGUGGGGCGACAGCAGCACCUCAACGGUAUUACCCCAUGAGAUCAGUGUUGUCCACAAGGAACACUACACGCAACUUGAGUGGGCGGACGUGGAUGCUCCUCAAGCAGACAAUGAACAACAUGAUCCAGAAGAUGCUACAGAAGUCGAAGGCGGCAUGGUCGACGGCAGUGUCGGCUCAGCGGAUGAAGUAGAUGUCCUUACUGCAGCCAUUCAGAAUGUGGAAGUACAGGAAGAUCUUAACGGAGAUGAUGAUAGCGACGAAGAAUAUGACCAAACUGUGAUGAUCAAGUCUGGAGAUGCCAUUGCAGACGAUGAUCUGUCUAAAUUCCAACGAUUCAAUGUAGUGAAGAGCCAUCCGGAUCACCAUUAUAUUGACACCACGCAUGAGGGUAGCAGCGGCGGAAGGAGGUGGGUCAAGACCGUGCAGAAGGAGUGGAAAAUACUAGAGAACAGCUUACCAGAAACCAUUUACGUGCAUGCCUUCGAGGACCGCAUGGACCUGCUACGGGUGGUGAUGGUUGGCGCAAGCGGAACACCAUACCAUGACGGGCUCUUCUUCUUCGACCUGCAGUUGCCGCCAUCCUACCCCGCCGUGCCACCGCAAGUGUUCUAUCACUCCUUCGGCCUACGCCUUAAUCCCAACCUCUACGAGUCUGGUCGCGUAUGUCUCAGUUUGCUCAACACAUUUGGCGGCGAGGGCACCGAGGUGUGGUCGCCGGCUAUAUCAAGCAUCCUCCAGGUCGUCGUCUCCCUCCAGGCUCUCGUCCUCAAUGACCAGCCAUACUACAACGAGGCUGGCUACCAGGGACUGGUCGGCAUGCCUGAGGGUCGCCGCAACGCGCUGCCCUACAGCGGGAACGCCUUCUUGCUCACUCUCCGAACUGCCCUCCACCUCCUGCGUCGGACGCCAAAAGGAUUUGAGGAAUUCGUGAGGGAUCACUUUCGCCGACGCGGAAGAUACGUGCUCGACACAUGCCAGGCGUACCUGCUGGAAGGUGUGCCUGCCGAUAAUGGGAGCAUGGAGCUGUCGUGCUCCCUCGGCUUCAGGAUCGCGCUUGCCAAACUCGUGCCGAUGCUGGUGGCAGCCUUCACAGACAUUGGCGCCCAAGGGUGCGACCACCACACUGUCACCAGUCACCACCACCCGACAGACGUUCUCGUAUGA